AUGAUUGAACAUCCUAGAAUUGCUAAUGGCUGGUUUAGAGAAUUAAGCGAUGACCAUUUCCCCGGUCAAGCAUUAAUGUUAAAAGUUGAAGAGGUACUACAUCAUUCAAAGAGUGAAUUCCAAGAUAUUUUAUUAUUUAAGAGUGCUGAAUAUGGUAACGUAUUAGUAUUAGAUGGGAUUAUUCAAUGUACCGAGCGAGAUGAAUUUGCCUAUCAAGAAAUGAUCUCACAUGUACCGUUAUAUUCUCAUAAGAAUCCCAAGAAAAUUUUAGUUAUUGGUGGUGGAGAUGGUGGUGUAAUAAGAGAAGUUGUUAAACACUCAUGUGUUGAAUCUGUAACUUUAGUAGAGAUUGAUAGAACAGUAAUUGAAUUAUCUGAAAAAUAUUUACCAAAAAUGUCAUCAGCGUUUAAUCAUCCAAAAGUUGAUGUAAAAUUAUGCGAUGGCUUUAAAUUUUUAAAAGAAACGGCUGGUUUAAAUAGUGUUGAAAAAUAUGAUGUUAUUAUUACAGACUCAUCAGAUCCUGAUGGGCCAGCAGAAGCAUUUUUCCAAAAAGAAUACUUUCAAUUGAUUUUCAAUGCGUUGAAAAAAGAUGGUAUUAUGAUUGCACAAGCAUCAGAAAAUAUUUGGUUGGAUUUAAAUUAUCUAAAGAAUUUAAUGAAAACGAGUAGAUCGAUUUUUAAAAACACGCAGUAUUGUUAUACAAUGGUUCCUACUUAUACUUCUGGACAAUUAGGAUUAAUUGUUUGUAGUAAAGAUGAAACAAUUGAUAUCACAGUACCACAACGUAAACCAGAUAUAAAAGAACAAGGUUUAUUAAGAUAUUAUAAUCCUGAUAUACAUUCAGCAUCCUUUGUUUUACCGACAUGGGCUAAUACUAUUAUUAAUGUAGAGUAG